AUGAACCACCUCUCGCCCGCAGCUGCCAGCGAGCACUCGAGCUACGCAACUUCAAGCAGCCACAUCGCUGCUAGUCCAGCACCUUCACAUCAAUCAUCAGCCACAUCCUUCUCCUCGUCAUCACCAUCACCAUCAGCAAAGAUGAAUGCCUCUGCCUCUUCCGAUAGUGCCGACUUCGAACCACCCGCUAAGCCCAUCACCUGCCGAUGGGACGAUUGUGGCAAAAUUUUCUACGACCCCGAGGUCGUCUACAAGCAUCUCUGCGACGACCACGUCGGCCGCAAGUCCACCAACAAUCUCUGCCUCACUUGCAAGUGGGAGGGCUGCGAUGUCAGCUGUGCCAAGCGCGACCACAUCACCUCACACAUUCGCGUGCACACCCCUCUCAAGCCUCACAACUGCGAUGCCUGCGGCAAGACCUUCAAGCGUCCACAGGAUCUCAAAAAGCACGAACGCAUUCACACCGAGCAACACCAGCAGCAGCGUCAACAGAAAGCCGCGCAGAAUGCAGCUGCUCGCGCCUACUCCAUGUCCGAGCACGCCACCGCCUUCGGCGGCGCUUACCCUUACCCUCCCCAGCUGCAUGCCGCGAACGCCUACCUUGGCUACCCGCAGCUCCCCACUCAGCACGGCCUCUACCCAUCCGCCUCUACCUACCCUUCUGCAUACCCCUCACUGCCCCCCACCUCGGACUACCACUAUGCUCACUCGACACCUAGCGCUUCGCUCUCGCCCAUGUCGUCACGCAUUGAUACUCCACAGGGUAGCAGUCCGGCGCCCAAUCACCACCAGCACCAGCAUCCCCAUCAUCACGCUCAGGACGCUGCCUCUUACAUCCACCUCGCUUCCGGCCUCGAUCCUCGCAGCAAGGUCACCACUGAUCCCACCUCGUACACCUACCUUGCUCACGGCGCCACCACAAGCCAAAACCUCGCCGGCAGCAAGCGUGGUCACGAGCAGGUCGAACACUUCUUCGGCGACCUCAGGCGCAAGAAGAUGGCUCCCGCCUACGACUCGCACAUGGCUGAGAGGCUUACUCAGACGUUCGGCAUGGGCGGUAUCGAUGACGUUUCUCUCAACGCCAUCCUUUCCGCCUUUGAUCCCUCGGCUACCUACAGCCAGACUCCUAGCAACCCCUCGGUCAAGCCCGACAGCGCAUCGGCUACUCGCCCCGCCCUCAAGCAGGAACCCACCGACCUGGCUCAGCUUAACUCUUUCCUGCUGCAGCUUGGUGCCAGCGCUGCCUCGUUCGGAUCCAGCCUUUCGUCGGCAUCCUCGUCGGCGUCUUCGUCCUUCUCGUCGCAAGGCAACAAUGCUGACUUUGACCUCUCGUCGCUCUCUCAGUAUGGCCUCAACAACAUUCCUGGUUUCGACGAGUCGUUGCUUGCCACUCACAACACCAAUGCUGCCGGUCGCGCCAUCGCACAGCUUCCCAGCCGUGCGCACUCGCAUUUCCCCGACGCCUUGUUGUCGCACCAGGUUCACCAACCCGCCUACGACAGCGUUCGCUUUUCGCGUGGUGCUGCCGUUGUUCCUCAGCUCGCUCCUAUGGAUGCUGGUGGACACAGUUACCGUCGCGUUGAGGCGCUCACCCGCGCAGCGCCCGACGAGAGAGUCGCUCGACCCGAUGUGCACCGUGUGUCCGUCAAGUCAGAGCAUGCAGACGAUGACGACGCCAUGGAAGAAGAUGAGCUCGAGGACGAUGGCUCGCGCGUGAGCAGCCGCUUCCGCUCCAUCAGCCCCGCCGCUUCUUCCGAGAGCGGCUGGUCCGAGGCCGGGGCGGGCGCCGGUGCCGGCGGACGUUGCGGCAGCUCGAGCUCGUCGCCAUCACAUGGCCUUUACCCGCGCGUCUCUCCCACUGAGGCUUCUCGCCGUCUUCCUCCGAUCCGAUCCAACUCGUCAACUGCUAGCUCUUCGGCGUCAAUCAGCUCUCCCAUUGACUCGGACAGGCGUGCGACGCAGCGACGCAACAGCGACUCGCUUGACGGCCCAUUGUCGCGUCACUCUGCUCCUGCUGCGUCACCUUCGUCGCCAUCCAUGUCGGAGACGUCAUUGGCGUCGACCAACUCGCUGUACCCGAGCCUGGUCGACCGUGUCUCGCAGAUGCAGGGUCUUGGUCGAUCGUCAGACGAGGCGAAUGCGGAAGCAUUGCGUCGCAAGCACGUGCAGCUCAUCCGCGAUCUGCUUAUUGCGAUCAACUUCCCUGAUCGGGCGAGGGCAAAGUUGCGAGCGGAUCACGAUCGGGUGCGUCUUCCGCCGAUCCUUAGCUCGGUUGCUCGUCGUCGCACCGAAGAGGGCGAAGUGACGCCGUCGGCGGCAGACGAGUUGGUGUCAGCUAGCUGCAGCGACGCAUCGACGGAUCGCAAUUCGACGCCUACGCCUCCGGGUCGGCCGACGUUGCCGACGCUCUCGCAGCUGCUCAACGAUCUUCCAGGGCGUCCGUCGAGGCCGAUGGACGAGCGCGAGAUGGAGUGUGAUGUGUAA